AUGGAUUUAAUUACUGCAGUGGACUCAACUUUAAGUUGCAUUUUAAUUCAGGUGGUACUUGAAUUAAAUGCUUUCAACACAUUUAUAGACGAUAUGUUUGCUUUCAUUAUUACUAUGCCAACAUCACAUCGCGUUGCUUGUUUUCGAGAUGAUGUAGUUUUUAUCAUUUAUCUUUAUCAGCGAUAUUUAUAUCCAGUCGAUAAAUCACGUAUCAAUGAAUUUGGUGAAAGUUUUGAAGAAAAUGGUAUCAAGGACUCAAGAAUGACUGCUAAAUCUCCCGCAAUAUCCAAGCUUUCAUCAGCACAAUGUGAAACGAAUGAUUGA